AUGGACCUCACGAACUCCCUCCAGAAGCUCGCAAGUUACAGGCAAAGACGGUCAGAGAGCUCGAAGGAGAUUCUCGCGAAUGGCUUGGUACUCCUGAAGAGCAGAGCGUACACCAGGCAAGGGGAUGGAGGAUGGGACAACCUUGAGAAGCUUUUCCUCGCUGCAUUGGACCAAGGAGACAUUGAAGUCGCAGAUCAAUGUCUCCAACACAUCCUAGACGCGUUUCCUGGCUCCCCUCGCGCCGACGUACUACAAGGCCUCAGAAUGGAAGCGACGGAACCACCCGAAGUUGCACUGAAGUUCUAUGACGAGUUGUUGGAAGCAGAUGAGACGAACGCUGCGGUCUGGCGUCGGAAAGCAGUGGUGCUUCGGAACAUGGGCAAGAUCGACCGAGCUGUGGAAGAACUCUCAUCGAUGCUUGACACGUUCUACACCGAUGUCGGUGGCUGGUUGGAGCUCGCCGAUAUAUAUUGCUCAUGUAACCAAUACACAUAUGCGCUACAGGCCCUAUCUCACGUUCUCAUCCUUGCCCCGCAAAGUCCAUUUUACUUCCUGCAAUUCGCCGAAACCGCAUACCUUGCUGCCGACAUCACGUUGUCACUAAAGACGUUCCUCGUCGCUGUGGACAUGACCGACGACGACGACGGGCCCGUACCUCCACAAGAUUCAAUACCUACCGGACUGACACUCCGCGCGUGGUACGGAGUGAAGCUGUGUACGCACCGUUUGAUGUCAGAACCACGGUUGUCGUCAUCUUCGGCAUCAAACACAUCCGCUCCAUCCACAGAGAAGCUGUCCAGUCUGGACGAACUCGCGACUGAACGGCUGCGGACAGCUUAUCUCAACAUUAAGGGCGAGUCACCGCCCAAGGUCGACAAAGAGCUGAUCAGUGUCCUGGCUACUAUUAUACAGUGA